AUGGACAGCGUUGAGAAACACCCAUCUUUCCUAGAUUUUGGAAGGAUUAAAGUCCCAAGGCAUAAGUGGACAGAUCAACAGCGAGUGGUGUUGUGUGUUCUUACACAAUUUUAUGCUCUUGAAAAGAAAGUUGAAGCCAAAAUCUUUAAUCACAUAUUUGAACCUGAAAUUGAGGAUUUCGAAAGUGGCCUCCCUGUUACCACCGUCAACGCACAAUGCCAUCAUAUGAUGAUCAAAAAUCAUCCCAUUUGGGUAUCUGUGAAUUUGACAUCUCUUUCUGAUGAUGAUGAAUACAAGGAAUGCCGUCGGAUCAUUGAGCUGGCCUCAACGGAGCUGGGCAUAUAUCUACGUCAACGAUCCUUCGAUGAUGGCCAGGUUAACCCAAAUUCUGAUGAAAACGCCAAUCCCCACGAGUCAUUUGAAGAACCUGAACCGGUUACUGAACCUGGACACUCCUUGGUAGCAAGGCUCCCUAGGACAAGCAUAAGGCUAGGGUACGGUGGAGCUAAGACACCACAAAUUUUAUAUCGCUUCUUUAACUCGCAAAGUAUUGGGAUUAAUACCCCCAAAUAUUUCGCUUGUGGACUGGCGAAUACUCUACACCACUCACUCUACAAUCAACAUGAUAUCGAAGCGAUGGCGAAAACACACCUGUCAAGAGUUGAAGUCAACUCCCCAUUUAUCUCAACAUUUUCAACUCUGCUUCCUUGUGUACACAGAAUGCUGACGAAAAGUCAGAAUUCAGGGGUCUCAACCGUUGAUGCCUCAAAGCUGGACCAAAAUGGGAUAUUUUCCGCGGGAUAUAUUCUGAGAAAAGACCCCUUGUCUUCUGAUAUUACACCUGGAUAUUCUGGAUGGUCAGAAUGGCUUAUUUGGAAAGAGAUUCCUGAAUCAUGCAUUGUCUGUACCAUAACUGAGUCGGAACUUCUUGCUAUUGCUGAGAUGCACCACGACAUUGGCUCUCUUCUCCAAAUUCAGGAUAUAAAGUCUUUUAAAUACAACCGCAAGCCACUCCAUCGAAAGCUCAGGAAUAGUUCUACAAAGUUCGAUAAAGCUGCUGGUGAGACUGCUGGUAAAUUCCUCAGAGGCAUCGGCCUGCCUGUUGAAUAUACUGAACAAGUUGCAAUGAAAAUUGCCUAUGGCUGGCGUUUCACCCGUACAGCUAAGUAUGAUAGCUGUGAUGACUUUCUUGAGGGCGUUCGUCUUGGAUAUGGGUCAGCACAAUUGGAUAACACACCCACCAUUGCAACACCACCAAUGAUGCCUGAAAAACCCACAAAGAAGCAAGAGGUUAUUGUAAUCAACGAGGACACUGAUGUCGAGGUUUACGACGACCACAGGCAAGAGGUGGUGGUCAUUGAGGAUGACGAGAAUGAAGUGGUAGAGGUGGUGAUAGUGGAGGAUAGUGAAGCAGAUGAAAUGGAUGUUGUGGUAGUGGAGAAGGGAAUGGCAAUAGCGGAAGCAAAAAAUCACGACAUCGGUCAUCAAAUAAUCGAUCAAGAAGAAAACGAUGAUGAUGACGACGACGACGAGGAGGAGGAGGACUCACUGGACCGUUUGCAGGAUGAGCUUCGCCACGCCAUUGAAUCGGAAAGCGAGGUUGCUCCAGCGAUCACAUUCGCGGAGCGAGUGGGGACGACUUAUCGGUGGGAAUUAAUGGAAAUUGACAUGGACGAUGAGACCGCGAUAUACACCUUUGAGUUGGACCGGGAGCGGAUAAUCGGAUGA